GCGCCCGCCGCCGAAGCGAAACGGCCGGAAGGUGUCAAUCGACCGGAGCUGCUGCCAAAGACCGAUGCAGCGACCACGCCAGUCAUCGAUGUAGCCAGGAUCUUGACCAACAGUCAAGAGCGAGAGCUGGCAGGGUACAUCGCAGAGAUCGAGACUGCGGCGAAGGUCCGCUUGCGCGUGCUGACCCAGACCUUCCCCAACACCCCAGGCCUGGCAAUCAGAGACUACUGGAAGCCGGAUGGCCGCACAGUCAUCUACGUUCACGACACGGGUGGCUUGGGCGACGGCUACGUGGUGAAUUUCAAUGCCGGAUCGGAGGUGGAGAAGAUGAAGCCGCUGACCUACUGGAGGCAAGUCCAGAACACAUACGGGAACCGGUACUACAUCCGGGACCAUGGAGACGGAGACACCGUGAUUGAUGUCGUCAAAGCCCUGAAGGAGGGCCUGACUCCAGAAGCGAACAGCAAGUAG